AUGCAUUUCCUGGGAAUCAAACCCAUGAACUUGGCAUGUGCAUGGGGAAGUUUGAGACACAGUCAAAGUCCAAGCAGCAUGAAGCCGCAAUCAGGUCCAGCUUCCAGAGUUCCUGCUGUUUCUUCUCAAGGGGUCUUGAAUCCUUUGCAAAAGGCUUCUCAGUUUCAGAGUCUGGACUCCAGAAGAUUUGCACAAGAGCCUUUUGGUUUUCAGGAGAAGCAGCUGUUGCAGGGUCCAGUCAAGCCUUUGGACUGGAGGUUUCCCAUCGUUCCAGAGGUGCAAAGUGAGUUGGCAGUGGACUUCCAGUUGAGGCAACCCGUGACUCCCAGUAGUGUGGCUGUUCAAUGCGGUGAGAACCGGGUUCUUGUGGAGGUAAAGAAGGAUUUGUUUAGCAAUGGCCAACUGAUCCAGCCAUCUGGUUUGUCUAUGGGAGGCUGUCCUGUUGUUGGUGAGGACUCUGUCUCUAGGGUGCUCAUCUUUGAAUAUGAACUACAGGACUGCAAUAGUGUGCUGAUGAUGACUGAGGAUGAACUUGUCUACACCUUUGCUCUUACCUAUACUCCUGAGGCGUUUGCUGGAACUCCGAUUACACGUGCCGAUCAUGCAGUUGUUAGCGUUCAAUGCCACUAUCAAAGGUUCUAUAAUGUGAGCAGUAAUGCUUUGAGGCCAACUUGGGUCCCUUAUGCCUCAACGGCGUUUGGCGAGGAAGUCUUGAUGUUCUCCCUGAAGCUCAUGAUGGGUUUGUGCAGUUUCUUUAGGUGCUUUGUGGAUUCCAAGACUACGGCUUCCAGCUCCCGCUUCAUGCCUCGAACCCAAGAAGACCAGAUUCGGUUCCAGCUGGAGGCCUUCAUGUUCCAGGGAGGGGAUAGUCCUUCUAUCUACAUAACGUGUAUUGUGAAGGCCACUCUUGCUUCUGCACCCAGUGACGCUCUCCACAAAUCCUGUUCCUUUGCCAACGGGUGGCUUGCUGCUGAUGGGAACCACCAGGCUUGUGGUUGCUGUGACUCAACAUGUGGUCCUGAUGGAGGAAAUGCUGCUCCUUUUGGGGGCAUUCAGUGGGAAGGCAAUGCCUCACUCGGUCCUGUAAUGGUUCAAGAGCGACAGAAGACUUUAGCUGGUUUUCAAUAAAUGGAGAAACCUUU